AACAUGAAAUAACAAAGUCGACAGAAACAAACAGCCUUUCAGGCCCUUUGAUCGGCUGCAGCGCAGCAUAAACACUCCCACACGCUCCAGUCAUAUCCUCCGCCGGCCACAAAUGAGGCGUUCGAGUGACAGUCGUCUCAGAGCUCCUCGCGGCGUGUCUCAGGCGUCCCCCACCACCACCACCCUGUGCGUGUGGCGGCUUGCCUGCAGCGCCUCUGUUGCGGGAUGAACGCCAAGUGGUGGAGCUGCGUGCUGGCGCUGCUCUGCAUGCCUGCCGAGGUGACGCUGAUCUCCGGGACAGCUUCCCAAAGCCCAUUGUUCAUUUCCAAUGUGUGGAUCAAUUCGUCAUUUGAGAUCAAAUGCGCCACAUUCCUACCACACCCAAUCGGCCUCUCUCUGAAUAGGCGCUUCCUUGGAAAUGAGCAAAUUCUGUACCUCCACUUUUCCGAUGGAGUUGUUACCAAGAACACUAUACUUGAUAAAUUUCAAAACAGAAUUAGCAUAACCAAAGAGCAUCAGGAUUCAGGAGCCAACUAUCAGUUUAAGCUCAAGCUGUCCCGUCUGGAGCUGGAAGACACAGACUUGUAUUACUGCAGCUGGACCUACUUAGACGAACAGUACAAUAACUGUGACUUGAAGAGCAAUGGGAGCAUCGUCAUUGUCAGAGAGGCCAGGCCCGUUAAAGAAUGCAGCGUCCCCACCGUGGAUAUGACCCUGAUCUACCUGAGCAUCGCGGCUGCAAUCGGCGUGUUCCUGACGAUCGUCGGCCUGUUUGUGAGGUGCAGGAGGCUCAAGAAGAACUUCCAGCCUUUCAGAGGUUACGCCCCUCCCUUGCCGCCGAGACCCUCACGGCCUCCGCAGACCUCCAGACCCAACCAGCCUCGGAACAUCUACACGCACCAGCAGCAGACCGCCGAUCACCGCCCCUAUAUGAUGGCGUCCACAAAAACCUACGGCAAUUUUGGCAACCUGUGAUGCUAAGCGCCGAUGCCAACUGAUGAUAAAAUCUCAUUUUUGCAGUGAGGGCAUCUGAAAAGCACUCUGGCUGUAAAUAGCUAGUGGAACUGGUUAGCUGUAUGCAGUGCCUUUCACUUCCUUGACAUCUAAUUUACCCUUUUUGUCUGCAGAAAUGUGUCUCAGCUACCACAUCCUGAAAGAAGCGAGAAUGUAUAGGUGUGAGUGACAGUGCGAGCUUUGUUUGUGAUGGAAAAUUGCAAAGUUAGCUUUGUUUCCAUUUCUGCUUGCUGUGCAGGUUUCCUUGACCCAUGAAGGCUUCAAAUGAACUUCAGACUCUCAUGCAAUUAUUUUUCUCCCUUGUAUAUAAUGUGUACUUUUGCCUGUUUUAAUAUUACAAUAAAUGAAAAAUGUUCAAAAGCACA